ACAAAAAAGAUGAGAGAGGACCAACAUGAAGCAGCGACGCCGACGCGUUUCUCACAUAGCCUGAAAAACUUUAGGUGUUUAGCUGUGACAAUGCGAUAAGCAGCUAUUUUAAUGUUUUAUCCCGCUGAAUAAGUAGCGAGAGAAAGUUUUAGCCUAACGUUACUCCUAGCAAGCCUGCUACGGCUAUUUGUUGCUCUGGAGAAGAAGAGUUCUGCUCAGCUGGAGAGACACACGAAGGAAACAUGGUUUCGUGGAUUAUAUCUAGAGCUGUUGUCCUUGUGUUCGGGACACUUUAUCCAGCGUACUAUUCCUACAAAGCAGUCAGGACCAAGAAUGUAAAAGAAUACGUUCGAUGGAUGAUGUAUUGGAUCGUGUUUGCUCUUUACACUGUAUUGGAGACAAUCACAGACCUCUCCAUGGCAUGGUUCCCGUUGUACUACGAGCUGAAAGUGGCUUUUGUUAUCUGGCUGCUGUCGCCAUACACCAGAGGAGCCAGUCUGAUCUACAGGAAGUUCUUGCACCCCCUGCUGGCCUCCAGAGAAAGGGAGAUAGAUGAUUAUAUUGUCCAGGCCAAAGAGAGGAGCUACGAGACGAUGGUGAGCUUCGGCAGGCAAGGCCUGAGCAUCGCCGCUACUGCUGCUGUCUCUGCUGCAGUCAAGGGACAGGGCGCCAUCAGUGAGCGUCUGCGGAGCUUCAGCAUUCCUGACAUCACACAGGUCCCUUCUGACCAAUCGGCUUUUGGCAGAUCUUUCCAGCGGGCCGGUCAGAAUUUGAACCCCAGCAUAGAGGAUUCCGAGCAUUACCCAUAUAAACAGGAAGAGGAUGGGCAUGAAGAGGAAGUAGAUGGAGAAUAUUUGGAGGAUGAGUCAGCGCUUCCAAAAGGUCUGCGCAGAUCCCAGAGUGUGAAGAUCACCCGUUCCAAAGUAGUUCGCAAAGAGCCUCGAUACGGCUCCCUGAAGAUUAAAAGCAGAAGGAGGCCGAUGAUCACUUCCAGCACAUUUGAACAGCCCUGAUCAACCCAAAAUCAUGAUCAUAGAGGAGCCUCUGUAUGGAAGACUUGGUCAUUCUGCACCACACUCCUAAGAAACCUCUAAAUUAACAGCCUUAAUCAUCCUGUAAUAUAUGAGAGGUGUCAAUAGGAACAGCCUUGAUCAUCCUGUAAUAGAUGCAACAGAACCCUCUAUAUGAUCAGCCCUGGUCAUCCUGUAACAAGCACCAAAGAAGCCUUAGUCAUUCAAUACUGUGCUCCAGGGGAGACUCCAUAGCAACAGUUUUCAUCGUACCAUCACAUCAGUCAUCCUGUAACACACAACAGAAGCUUUUAUAUGAACAUCCUGUAACACAAUCCACAGAAAUAUCUGCAUGUAUGGGCAUGGUAGUCCUGUAGCAUACUUAAAUGAGCACCUUGGAUAUCCUGUAGCAUAUCCUGUGAUGUUCAUAUAUUCUGUAUGAACAGCCCUGGUCAUCCUGUAAUAAGUACCAAAGCAACAUCUUCGUAAAACCAUACGAUGCCCCAAGGAAACAGUCAUAUUAACCACAUUCCUCAUCCUGUAGCGUACCAAAGAACAGCUGGGUAUCACAGUCCACUGAAACUAAUGUCUUAACAGCUGUGGUCACCCUGUAACACAAAUGUACAGAAACUGUCUGAUCAGCUGUGGUCAUCCUGCAACACUCUCCACAGUUGCUUCUGUCUGAACAGUCCUGGUCAUCUUGUAACACAGUCCAUGGAAACUAAUGUCUGAGUAACUGUGCUCAUCCUGUAAAACUCGCCACAGAGGCUUUUAUGAGAACUGGCGUGGGAACACAGUCCAGAGAAACUAACGUCUGAACAGCUGUAUUUAUCUUAUAACACUUUCCUCAGAACCUUCUGUAUAAACAGCGAUGGUCAUCCUGUAACCAUCUCCAGAAAAUUCAGUAUGAAUGGCCAUGGUCAUCCUGUAACAUGGUCCAUAGAAUCUAAUGUCUAAACCUCUGUGGUCAUCCUGUAACACUCUCCAAAGAUGUUUCUGUAUGAACAGCUCUGGUCAUCCUGUAACAUACUCUGCAAAAGCUUCAGUAUGAACAGCCAUGGUCAUCCUAGAACACAGUCAACGGAAGCUCCUGUAUGAACAACCGUGGUCAUCCUGUGACAUGGCCCAAAGAAACUAUUGUAUCAACAGCUCUGGUUAUCCUGUAACAUAUGCUGCAAAAGCUUCAGUAUGAACAGCCGUGGUCAUCAUGUCAAUGGAAGCUCCUGUAUGAACUGUGGUCAUCCUGUAACAUGGUCCACAGAAGCUUCCGUAUGAGUAGUCAUGAUCAUCUCGUAAUACGUCAGUGGAAGCUUCUACUGUGGUCAUCCUGUGGCAUAGUCCAAAGAAAUUUUUGUGUGAACAGCUGUGGUCAUCCUGUUACAUGCGACAUAUCUUGUUAAAUGCUACGGUGAGGACUCCACCCUGAAUCUGCAGCCCUGUUCAUUACUGCACAUCUGCACAUUCAUAGCAUGUUUGCCAGUUUGUUGCUUUAUUUUAAUGUUUUUCACCAACAAAAGUUGAAAAGAGUUGAAAAGUGCUUUUUUCACUUCUGCAUGAAUCUUUUUAAAAGGUAUUUAGUUGUUUUCUAUUUAUAGUCUUAUAGGACAUGACAUCAGUCGACAAUAUGGAUGGUAAAUUUAACUUAAUGGCCUUGUAAAUAGUUUCUAUCCUAAUGUAGAUGAAUGCUGCACAAAGGCCAUCUUCACAUCUGACUUUAACACACGUCCUGGGUCAUCUGAUCAUAAGUGGACAGCGCUGCCUGCUGUGUGAACGUGGUCCAGUGCAUCUCCAAGAGCUGAAUUGCUCAAACCACCUUUGGAGGUGCUUUAGUCCCAAAAUCUGGUCACUUGAGACACAAGGAUAUUUCAGGCCAAAACAGCUGUACGUCUCACUGUCCACUCAUAAUCAGAUCAUUGGAGACAGAUGUUCCCACCAAGUGUGAGCAGGGCCAUAGGUGAAGACCCAAAAAUUUCAAAUAGUGCAUUUUGGAGCUAAACAGUAAAUUAAGAAUUAGCUGAAUAACGAGUGCUGUGUUAUGUAUUACUUAUGCACUGCAGGCUAUCUUCAGCAUUUCAGACUAACUCUGCCUCUUAUGAGCGAGAGUGCGAGAUUGAGGUGAGGUCUUGUGCAUCUUGUUUACACGUUGUGUCCUUGUAAUUCUGUGAUUAUGUUCAGCUCCAUUUCUUACAACAGUAUUUGCAAACGCUGUCUCCAAACGGAUUGUAUUGACUGUUUUCUAAUACACUAAGUGCAGUGCUUUUGCCGUGGGUUUAAUUAGCAUUUCUAGUUAGUUUAGGGUUUAAUUGAAUUAUUAAUUAUUAUUAAGUGAGCACACUUGCCCGGAACGAUGGGCAGCCCAAUCCGCAGCACCCGGGGAGCAGUUGGGGGUUAGGUGUCUUGCUGAAGGACACCUCAGUCAUGUACUGUCGGCUCUGGGGAUCAAACUGGCAACCUUCCGGUCACGGUUAUUAUUAUUAUUGUUGUUGCUCUAUAAAAGGAGAAAAUGCUUUGGUCUGUAAAGAAAGUGAACGUGAAAUGUUAGCCAGUGUGAGUUCUGUGGUUUGUGUUUGUCUUUACAGUGUUUGUGUGUAUAGAGGUGGGUGAUAUGGCAACAAUACAUUUCGUCCCCUUGGAAUUUUAAAGUUCCGUCUGAGAUUUUUCUCAAAAUGGAGUGAAUCACAUCUUAUUCUCUGGCAACUUCUUAACAUGUGAGACUAUAUGCAUUUUCAGACUUUUUAUCCAGAAGAAAGUUCAACGAGAAAGUUCCAUCUCCAAAAUUAAACUCUAACUUCGUUCUAUUAGGUUCCGUCUGUGAGCCAGUCAGCACUUUGAACACACACAAGAGGACCAAUCCGGUUUUUCUUUGUCAUGUGGCCGCUCUGCUCAGUGAUUGCGGGAAAAGUUUAGAAGACUUUAUGAAAACUAAAUUUUAUAAAUAUUAGGCCUUAGUGAUUCAUUUUUGUUACAAAGACCCCCCCAAUUCAAAUGUUUAUUAGAGUCACAUUUCUGAUAUAAAAAAAAACUUAUUCAGCCUUUAUACUGACCUGCUACACUUACUUGCUGGGACAGUUUGUUACAGUAGCUGGUUCCUGUCUAACCUAAAGGAAACUUAUAUUAAAUGGUUCCUACAUAGAAUUGACUCUGCCCUGGACAAAAUAUUUAGCACUGACCUUUAUACUUAAUCUAUCAGUAGAUGCUGUUUUGAAUAAGAAAAAGAUUCUUUGUCCUAAAGCAAGAAAUGUCGUAUAAAUAAAAAUAAGCAUCAUAAAAAUGUCCUAGAAUGCGUUAAAUUUCACUUUCUGAUCAUGUAGACGUUCUGCUGCAGCACUCACUUUGUUUUAAAGCAAAUUAUGGAUAAACUUGUUUGUGAUCCUCGAAAUUCAUUGCUUCUUUUCAUGUUUUGCCAUAUAGAAGCUUAUAUUUCUAUAUAAUUCUAUAUACAAGCAGAAAGUGGGUUCUCUGGAUUAGAUGGUUCUGUCCCUUGACCUGUUGCAAAAAGACUAAUUUGCAUAUCUGAUAGGAUUUUGAUUUUGCGUUAGAGUAAAUUUAGGGUGUUUGUCUUUUUUUAUCUAUGACAGUUCUGCUAACUGGAAUGCAAAAUCUUUGAAGCUCAAUAUCUGGAAACUGCUCAGAACGCAGUUGGAACCUUAUAAUUCCGAGGGAUGAAUUAUCACGAUACACAUUAUGUCACAAUCCUUAUUGUCAGCUGGACCUGAAGAACCAGUAGGUUUUUUUAAGUAAUAGUAGAAUCUGUGAAAACAAUGAUCUUUAUUCAGUAAUUGGUGUGCUGGGUUGCACUAAAUCCAGUUAAACAGCUCUCAUUAUAAUAAAACAUGCAACUGGUCAGUGUCUACAAGUGCUGACCCCAGAAAAGCAUAUUGAAUUGUAUGGUGACAUAAUUUAUCACGAUGAUGAUAUAUAUUGUCAUAUUGCCCAGCCCUUUGUUUGCAUGUGGUGUAUACAGUCAUAUGCAAAAGGUUUGGCACCCCUGGUCAAAUGAUUUUCUAAGCCAAAAGACUUAAAACAUCCUCUACAGAGUUUUUAUACUGUAUAUUUUCUUUUUUUUCCAGUAUGUUUAACUUAAUUUGUGGACAAUUGCUACAAUUACCAGCCUUGUUCACACGUUUUCACUUAGAAAAUCAAUAAAACGUCAUUUGACCAGAGGUGCACAAACUUUUGCACACGACUGCGUAUGUGUCAGAGUACGAGUGGCCUGUAUUAAUGAAGCCUCCAUUUUAUUCCACUGUUGUAAAUAUUAGGAUGUCAAACUCAAAUCGGCUCUACACCAUCACUCUGACCGCAAGGACUUGCUAUUGAUUGUUGAGAUGGUUUGUGGCGUGAAGUGGAGUGACCAAUGAGGGAAAACACUACCGAAGCCCACACUAAAUCCUGGAUCUACACUGAGUGUGGUCCUGCGUUUGAAUAAAGUUUGAAUCCAAACCUC